AUGGACAAUACCAUGUGUCGAAGGUUUGAUACAUUGAGAAGCUAUCUCCCCGAUGAAUUAGGCAAAGCCGCACUUGAUCUAAAAACUCUUAAAAGUUUCAAUAAUUAUUGUCCUAUUGCAGGUUCAGAAAAUAAAUGUGAAACUGAGCUCGAUAAAAUAAAUGGUGGAUGUUUAUGGUUGUUUGACCAAUUGUUUGUGAAAAAUAAAAAAAAUGAUAUCAAUAUUGCUGAAUACAUUAUCAUAUGGUUAAGUUAUAAACUAAACCAAAAGACGUAUGAAGGAAUCAACAAUCUAAAUGAUUUUUAUGUUAAAUAUAUACAGAAUAAUACAUAUUAUAAUAAGUGUGAUAAUGGUGGUCAAGAUUGUAGUGAUACAUUAACAGAAAUAACGGGAUAUACAAAUUAUAAGGAAAUAAUAGAUAAAAAAAAGGAAUUGUUGAGUAUUAAUUUUGGGCUUAUGUCUAAAUUUUAUGAUGCAUUUAAACCAUUAUGUAACAUGUAUACUGAGCUUGAUGCAAACGACACAUCAAAUAAGAACUAUUUAGAUUGUGCUAAAGAAUUUGUUGGAAAAUAUAAUGAACUUAAUGAGGUUUCUGAUAUUACUGAAGAUAGUCCUUAUUAUCAAGUAUUGUCUACAUUAUCAAAUGAUUAUAAUAAUUUUAAAGGAUUUUGUAAUAGAAUUAGCGUUGAUUGUAACGAUAUUCCAUCCCUUUCACCGAUAAAAAUAAAAGAAAAUGGUGUACAAGGUUCUGUACAUAAUGAUGUACAAAAUUUUGGAGUUACAUCAUCAAGUUCGUCGAUAACAAACAAAUUAAUUCCAGUUGUAUCGAUAUUUGUUGCAAUAUCAUUUUUUUUGGGAAUUUCUUAUAAGUAUUCGUUAUUUGGAUUUCGGAAACGAUCUCAAAAACAACAUUUAAGAGAAAAGCUAAAAAAAUAA